GUCGAUAGUUUUAUUCUGUGGUGCCCAAUAGCUAACGACCACCCUUGUUAUUACUGUUCUGUGCUAACGACCGCAUUUGUCGAAAAAUUGGCGAAUAUAAAAAUUAAAUUUAGAGAUGGGUCAGCAUUUUGGCGAGUUGGCCAAAGUUCGUGGAAUCAUUCAGUAUCGGCUGUCACCAUUUGAACAGAGAGCCUUCGCUGGAGCGCUGAAAGGCCUCUGGAACAUACCUUUCCGCAUUCGUUCAUCCAUUUUCAAAAUUGCACCACCUGUGAUCCUCGGUCUGCUAGUUUACCAACUGGGAGAACAGCAACAUGAUAAGUUGAUGCGCAAGAACCCAGAUGACUUCAAAGAUGACCAGUAAUGAAUUUGAAGUUAUUCUAUAUCAACAAUGUAUUUAAUUAAUUAGUGUGUUUGUAAAUAGAAUAAAUCCAAAGUCUAUUUAA